AUCCAGGCGGCAAGGUAGCGGUGGGAAGGGCCUGGGCGCCGAUCCUCGAACAAUUCAUCCACUGUGCCGAACGCCGAAGUCAAAGCCUGGUGACCUGUGUGGCAAUCCAAGAUGUCGCCGCUGCCGGAGCCCAUGUACUGCUCGCAGCAGAUCAAAGUGCCACCGGCCUUCCCCGACAUCCUUAAACAGUAUACGAAGGCUGCCAUUCGCACGCAGCCGCGCGACCUGGUGCGCUGGUCGGCCGCCUACUUCCUGGCGCUUGCCAAUGGCGAGCGGCCGCCAAUGAAGCAGCGGCUGGAGUUCCCGCCGCCUCCGGCCACGGAGAACGGUCUGACCAUGGGCUACCUGAAGGCCCUGCACAGCCAGUUCGAGGACCGCACGAUCGUGACGGCCUGACGACAUCCGCGACGUCUGGCAGUCGCUGUGCCUGCUGCGCCAGGCGCUCGACGACCUGCUGGUGGCCGGCGGCUUCGACGACGAGCAGAUCGACUGGCUCCAGUUCCUGGCGCUGGCCGCCGGAACCCUCGAGAAGGACCUAACGGGCACCAUGCGCAUGGUGUGCGAGAUCAUCACGGCUGAACCGGCCGGUGGAAGCGCCGCCAUUCCGUACGCCACCUUCGAGCGCGUCUACAAGUAUCUGGCCAACGCUGACGGCAAUGUGGCGGACUCCAGGGUGAACAACGCGCUCGAGUAUCUGGAGAAGGAGUCGGAGAAGACCAGCGGGAUGGUGAUGCCGCGCCACUUCGAGCACCCGGACUGCCCGCCGCUGCAGUAGCGCGGCGCGGGCCACGCCCCGUCCGCUCCGCUCCGUCCGUCCGCCGCUGACUCCGUCCCGACCUCUCCGACUGAGCACCGUCCGUCCGUCCGUCCACCGCCGGCGGCCCCGUCACAUGUCCGGCGCAGAGCCGCGCGCACAGCGCCCCCCGGCGGG